UUGCCACUGAGCAUGGCGUGGUGAGGUUACCAUGGGAACGGGUGGCCGUGCCUGAUUUUGUGGAUGUACCACAGUGUGCUGGGAGUAGUAUGGCCUCUGUUCCUCCUUCGUAUCUUCCUUUACCACCUCCGCUUCCUCUUCCUCCACCUCCUCCUCAUUUUCCUGAGAAUUCUACAUCAAAUACUUCAUUUCUUCUUUCUCCUUCAAAGGAAACUGCUCCAGAACAGUGUCCUGUAACCAUUCAGAAUUCAAUUUUAACAUCUUCUUCACAUCCCUCUGCUUUCUCCGUGGAGACCAGAAUAUGUCCAGCGAAGCACGGCAUUGCUGUGUCACUCCGCCUCGUAGAUACUAGCAGUGCUUCUUCAUCCAGGCUGGUCAAAGUGAAAGAGACUGAAUCAGAGCCAAAGCCUAUAGGCUGGGUGUCCCCAAACACAUGGGACAGCCGUGUUACUGGGACAGAUCCGAAUACAGAAUCAAAAACAAGCACUGUCUCAGGUACAUGCACCCCUGCAAGCACUUGUAAAAACACAAAUACAUGCAAGAGUGCAGAUAAGGGUGUGAUUGUUCUUGAAAAUAUAGCACAAGAUAAACAUAAAGACACAACUCUACAAGAUAUGAACAGAAGUGAGCCAGCAGGCCAAGCUUCUACAGAAGGGGAAUAUAUUGAUGUUCUGCAGGCAACUAAGCUUUUUGGCAGAGCUCAGUCAGCAGGAGAGGAACAACAGGAUUCAGAGGUGCAGAUGCAACCACACACACAAAUCGAAGCACAAAUGCAAAGAUAUCCACACAGACAAGCACAAAUGCAACCACGUGCACAAAUGGAGUCAUAUAUGCAAAUACAAAGACAGCCAAAGACACAGAUAUCACCUCAAGCACAUGCACAUGUGCAAUUACCUACAAAACCACAAACGCACAAUCAUUCUAGAUCAGAGGCUGCUAUAUCAUUAAGGCCUAACAUGUCUGGGGAAACUGGACCCUCAUCCACUCUCCACCAUUCCCAACCCCAUCAGCCUCACCCUGGCUCCUUUGAACCCUCUCAAUGUGUCCGCACUGUCUGCUUCUCAGAGAAACCCUGUACCCCGUGUAUGAGGAGGAGACAAGGCGGACAGGUUUCCAGAGCUCAGGAGCUGAGGUGUCGCUACAGGGAAUCCUACCAGGCUGCAAUACAAAACCCUGUCGCCUUUGGACAGGAGAGAGAGAGCGGGAAUAUGUUAGCUGUGGUGGAGGAGGAUGGGGAUUUCUCACAGUGUGAUGACAGACAGAGGCCACCAGAGACUGAAACAGUGGAUCCAUGGUGUAAUGCCCAAGGAAUGUGGUGUGAUCCUGGGAUGCAAAACCAGUCCCCUUGCUCUGUCAGUGGAGCCAUCUAUAAGGAGUCAGGAGACAAGAACACUGUUCCAUAUUGGAAACCAGGAGAUACAAACACUGCCCCAUGUAUGGAUUACAGAGGCACAAAUUUUUCAAAAUUUGGUGGACAGCUGGAGCAGACAACUGAAAGGACCACUGUGCCAUUCAGGGAACCAAGGGAUGUUCUCUCUGCCAAACCUUAUGGCAAUUUACAAAAUGUGAAUGGAACAAACUUAUCAGCAGGAACAAGGAUAAACACUAGAACUUUGUCAAGCUCAAAUGAUCCUAAAGAGGCAGAUGUGACCUCCACUAGACAUCAUGGAUCACCAUUUAAUUCCAGUGAAAUUCAAGCGAUGAACACGAGCACCCUCAAGCCUCGUCAAAGGCUGCAAAACAGAACCGAUUCCAUGGGAGGGAGUCCAAACUUUUCUAAAUGUCUUACAGCACCACUGAACAGACGAGAAUCACUGUUAGAUGGAAGAUGUUCCUCCCUCUCCACAGCAGUGGUGGACACCUCAGAGAAGUGCGAGGUGGUCAUUGUUGAAGGUCAAAAUGUCAGGAGAAGAGAAAAUGCUGGCUCCUGUGCAGAGAUUCCCCAGCUACAUGUGGUCAAGUGUAAAAAAAGCACAGCCUUUGGACUGGUUUCACCCAAGAUCAACAGGAGGAAGAUGGUCAUUCCAGAUGGUGUUCAGCCUGUCAGUGGAUCCAUAACCAGUAGAAAUGGUCUUCAGAUGGAGAACAUGUCACAGAUAGUUCUACCUCCAGCAGCAGAGACACAGAAGAAACCCCAGCCUUCCUCUGCUCGUCCUAGACCUGACCACCUCCCCCUGGGAUCCCCGGACCCCAGAGCCCACCCCCUCUAUUUAGGAGUAGCAUCUCUCACAGGCGGCAGAGACAGGACAGGAAGGGCAAUAGUUGAGCUCUAUGGAGACCACCAGGGAUGGAGAUCAAAUGUAACAAGUCAGGAGCUCUUUCAUAUGCUGCUCUACUUCCACUCUAUCAUCAGGAGAGAGAUCAGAGAAGCUGGGAUUACUCUCAUUUUUGAUGCGAGGAAGACAAAUCCUCAACCACAGCUUUAUAAAGCCUUGAUGACACUUCAGGAGCAGACCCCUCAGGUGGUGAACAGUUUGGUGAUACUGGUGGACAAAGAGAGUAGCCUCCGGCCAGAGAGGUGUCCCGGCAUCCAGCAGACUGAAGUGGUGACAUCGAUGAAAGCUUUGUUCAAGCUGGUGGAGGUGAAUCACCUGAGCUCCCGCCUGGAUGGGACUCUGUCUCACAGCUACUGUGACUGGAUGGAGCUGCAUCAGAAACUCUUCCCAUUUGUAUCUGAUCUUCAUGAGGCGUCGAGUCUGCUGCUGAGAGCCAUCAGUACAUUAGAGGAGCCCCGGAGGACAGACACUGCACAGACUGUGCAGCAAUGUAUGAUGGACCAGAGGACUCUGAUGAGCGAUGUACUGGAGGACAGCCGAUUGGUCAGCCUGCAGAGGGAGGGUGGGGCCAUCCUGGCUAGGCUGAGGAAGGAGAGUGACCUCAAAUACCCCCACUGCGAGGACCUCAGUGAUGCAGUGGACUCGGUGACCAGCCUUUACAACCAUGUGGAAGAGCAGGCUCACGUCCUCGUGCACAGGUCCAACAUAUCUCUGGAGCACCUGGAGUAUCUGCUGCAACUCAGAGAGAUGGAGGGACACUUCACACAGAUGCAACAGUGGUUUAAUGCAGAGGGAGAGCGCCACCUGCUGGAAGCUGAAUCAGUCGACGACUCUGGAGACAGAAUGGAGCAGAUUCUCAACAGCUUCACUGGUUUCCUUAUUGAAGCUAAUGACCGUAGACACCAUGCCAUGUCGUUAGCAUCAGACGCAGAGCGGCUCCAGCAGAGUGGGAUGUCCUAUCCAGAGACGGAGGCGUUCAGGACUCUAGUCUGCACCUUCAAAGCAGGCCUGGAGGACUUCCUGUGCAGGGCAGAGGCGUGCGGCAGGGAGCUGCAGAUCAUGGUCAACGUGUGUGAUUUUUGUGAGCAGGCUACAGCUCUGGCCAGUGAAUGCAUUGAGUACCUGGAAGAGAGUCAAUCCAGAAUCCACACAAUUCAAGACCAUGAUCAAAGUGCAACAUCUAUCAAUCAAACAAACAGUCAGCCAGUACAACACCAAAACCAAGAUCCAGGACCAAGCAGUAUCUCCCUUUGCUCUGGCACAACCACCACCAGUGUGUUCCAGCCAGGCAAUGACAGCUUCAUUCUCCAGACUUUCCAAGACAAGUUCCUCCAGUUCAGCCCAGAGAGAUUCCAGGAGAUGAAGGCCCAGGCCAGCGCCCUGCAGGGCUCCAGGGGUAUGCGGGUCUGGAACGUAGCCUGGCUGAGAUGCCAGGAGGCCCGGCAGCAGCUUCAGGAGAGGAUACAGGAAAUAGAUGAGGUCUCCCGCCAACAACCACAUUCUAGCAGCUGGUGUGAACGUCACUAUGUUGAUGUGAUGAGCACUAAUGUUCAGACAGCGUCACCCGGUGGUCAGAGUCUGGUGGUACAAUCGACUCCUGGGCCACGGCACCCGCAGUGGGAGGGCAUCGUGUCAGGGGCAGUGGAUUUAGGGAAGAGAAAGCCGAUGCUGGGCAACAACAGCACUAACUCAACAACUAUGGCCUCUAUCAGCGUCAAACCUGAGGAUCACAGUGAUGCCGGGACCAGCCAGGGGUCAAAGGUCACUCCACAGUCACCUCACAGGUCAUCAAAGAGAACAGAAAGAGAGACGAGGAGGAGACAAACGAGCAGAGCGAGGAGUGAGAGAGAUGCCGCUGCUCUGUCUCAGUCCCACACUGUUGGCUGCCAGUGGUUUCCAUGGGGACGAGGUCUUGGAGCGAGGUCGGUGAGCCAAGACUCGUGCGCCACAGGAGUAGCGACAGUGGGGUCGUCCACUCCUCCAGAGCAGCGUGUUCGAUCCCCGUCAUCCUGCUCCCACCAUGGUCAGCCAUCUUGUCGGAUCCUCCAGGAGGCUCAGAAGUUUCAGAUCUCCCGCCAUGGCAGCUUCUGCUCAGAGGACUCUUGUAUGAGCGACCGGGGCGCCGCUGGGGGUAAUGGGACUUUAUCCUGCAAACACUCCAGCCUGCCUAUUGGGAGAUAUGAAGGGGCAUUUAGUUUGGCAAGUCCAAAGGAGAGUGCCAGCAAUGCCCUGUAUUUGUCUCUUUGUGUUUCCAGGAGGCUGCAGCGUGUCCUGGAGGAGCUGGUGUUCACAGAGAGGGAGUACGUCCGCUCGCUGGGCUACAUCCUCACCCACUACCUCCCUCUGCUGGACACACCAGACAUCCCCCAGGACCUCAGGGGCAAGCGAGGCGUCAUUUUUGGUAACCUGGAGAAGCUCUACGACUUCCACAGCCACUACUUUCUACCAGAGCUGGAGGCCUGCCAAAGGGAGCCCGCCAUGGUGGCCCGCUGCUUUCUCAGACAUAGCGAGAGUUUUGGCCUUUAUGCUCUGUACAGCAAGAACAAACCUCAGUCAGACGCCCUGAUCCUACACCGUCGCCAUGACAUCUUCAAGAAAAAGCAGCAGGAGCUCGGGGACAUGAUGGACCUUUCAUCGUAUCUGCUGAGGCCCAUCCAGAGGAUCAGCAAGUACAGCCUCCUGCUGCAGGACAUGCUGGCUCUGGCUGGCUCAUACAGGCCAAAAGACAUGAUCCAGGAUCCACUGCACACAUCUAAUGUGUGCGCACAAACUGUAUGUGGCCCCAGUGUGUAUGUGCCUGAUCUGACUAGCAGCGAGAGGGAACGGGAGAGGGCUGAGAUCCAGGCUGCUGCAGAGCUGGUUCGGUUUCAGAUGCGGCACGGUAAUGAUUUGCUCACCAUGGAUGCCAUCCAGGACUGUGAUGUGAAUUUGAAAGAGCAGGGCCAGCUGAUUCGCCAGGACGAGUUCACAGUUUUCUUUAGAAAGAAGAAAUGUGUCCGCCGCAUCUUUCUCUUUGAAGAUCUCAUCCUCUUCAGCAAGACCAAGAGGACAGAAAUUGGAAACGAUGUUUAUGUCUACAAGCAGUCAUUCAAGACGAGCGACAUUGGGAUGACCCAUAACUCUGGUGUGAGUGGUCUGUGUUUUGAGAUCUGGUUCCGCAGGAGGAAGAGUGAGGACACCUACACUCUGAAGGCCUCCAGCAUGGAGCUGAAGAAAGCGUGGACCACCGACCUGGAGAGGAUUCUGUGGGAUCAGGCCACUCACAGUAGAGAGCUGCGUAUGCAGGAGAGGGUGUUCAUGGGAAUGGGCCGCAAACCUUUCAUGGACAUUCAGCCCAGUGAUGCUGCCAUCUGUGACCGAGCCAUCAGCUGUGCCUUGCCUGGGAGAAUCCCUGUGGCGUGUUGUUCACACAGAGGCUUAGAAUAUACACGACCACACUCUAUUGGUUCUGGCAGCACCACCUCCACCACCCUCAGCCAAUCAUCUUCCUCCUCGGGCCGGGGCUCACUGCCUCCUGCUGGUUAUCCUGGGAACCAGUCACAGGGAGUGGAGACCAGUCCUGCUGUCUGCUCCUCCCCUGAGGCUGUCACUGACAAUGAACUCAACAACCAUCACCUUCAUCAGCAUCAUCUUCACCAUGACUGUGAACGCUGGAAAACAAUCCAUCACCCUCUGAUUGACAGCUCUGAAUCAUCUGGAGAAUGCAUCAACCCUUUCAGCAGCUCAGACCAUAGCUGUCUGUCUGCCCUUGGUGGAGAGGUAGUGGACGACUCCUCUUCGUUCAAAUCCCAGAGUUCAAAGCCCUGCCCGCCACUUCGUCGGACCCCCAGCUUGAGGAGAAACGGCUCACCAGUGGUUACCAGAAAGAAACUAGGUGUUGCCCCCAAACCUCCACAUCAGGCUGAUGCUCAGGGUGAUGAAAUUAUAAUCGGAAAAUCAACAGAAGUUUGACCCUGGAUUCUCUGGAGGAGAUUAUCGUUGCACUGAAGCUGUUCAGUCCUGUCGGAGGUCUUCUGGUAAUCCUGCAGACGGAGGAGUGAAAAAAGUUACUUUUUGCAGCUACACAGUCACAAGGCUCUGUGUGCACCUCAGUCAGAGACUGCUACAUGGAAAGAUGGAUCAGUGAUAUGGGGGACAGAUUCGUCAUGGCCCAGACCACCAACAGUUCAAAAUGCAUGGAAAUGAACUUAUGUACAAAACACACAAAAAACUUUAAGAAAAAAAAAGAAUCUGUUUUUCUGAUUGUUUUCAGUAAACUAUAUGUGUUUUCAUAUGGGGAACUCUGUUUCCUGUCAAGUUCACCUACAUAUUGUGAGUGACUAAAUGACUAUAUUGUUUAUUGGCGUAUAGUAUGUUUAUUUAUAUAGAAAUUUAGUAAUGAGCAGCAUGUGUUUGUGCCACUCCACAACAACACAGGAUCAUGAGGUCUGGGGAUAUAUUUUUGGGGAUUCUCUGUGCUGUGCAAUACAGUUACUGAUAUGCAGGGAUCAAUGUUGUAUUUCAUCUUGUCGUGGAAACAAACAGCUUGUUUAGAACAAACACAAAGGUCCAGAAUCUGAAUUUGUGGGAGACCACAUCAGUCCAGAGAUGGAAGUAAAGUGUCUCUUUUUGUGUCUCAUGCUAGCAGGCAAAGCUUGAGAAGUGAUAAUGUAUCAUCAUCCUCUUGACAGCUGGAUUACAUUGUAUUGGUUACAAAAUAACAAGGAAAACUUAACGGAGUCCAGGAUGAAGUUCAAAUAUCUCCAGCAGGCAUCCACUGGCCAUAAGCCCAGGACUAGCAGAAGACCAUGACUUAAUGUUGAUGACCAUAAAUGGAAACAAACAUGUACAUGUGUACAGAUACAGAAAUUUGAUAGUGUAGUGAUUAAUAUAUAGUCAUUCAUAGAUAAAAGUAUUUUUAUUUCUCCUACCUUUUAAUGUGUUUUUGUUUAUUUCUUUCUGGCCAAUUUUUUUUUUUUUUACCUCUGCUGCAAGAACAUUUACAUCUACAUCUUGUAUUUAAUAAUUUAUCAGAAGGGAUAGACCACUUUCUAACUGCAAAACCCAUUUACAUGUCUAAAACAGCACAUCACAUUGGGAUUUGAAGUACUCUGUAAUUAUUACAGUUAUUGCAGGGAUAAAAAAAUCUUCAGAGACUUCUAUAUAAUUAUAAUUGUGUACUAACAAACAGUAUAUGACUACAUACUAGCAGUCAAAAAACACUUAACUGUUAUUUAGGGUCCAUUAUUGUUUCCAAACUGAUCAAUGUAUCAGCUUCACCCUCAUGAAAAAGACCAUUACAUAAAAUGAAGUAUCUUAUAAUCCUUCUUAAUGUAUUUUUUUAUGUUUUCUUUACAAACAUUUGAUGAAAAGUGAUUUUUGUAAGCUCUGUGAUUUUAUGUGUGUGUGCAAAAUUUACAGUAAACAGAUUGUAAUUGGAUCUUGGAAAAACUGAGGCCAUGAUGUUGAUUUCUGUUUGUUUUCUUGUAAAGCCACUAACUUUUUACAAUAUGGCAGAUACAUGUUUUGUUUUCUAUCACUUUCUUUAUUGCUGACUUGGUUUUUCGAAUGUGGGGUCAGUGCGGUCAUUUUAUUUCUUUAUUUUUUAGAGAGAGAUGGUUUAAUUUUGUGUGUUUUCUGCUGCUGACGUUGGAAAGUGACCAGACAGAAUUUACUCCCUUAUUUCACAGAAACAGUGUUUCCACAUAAGGCGUAGACACUCAUUGCAAAACAUUUCAUUUCCAGUGUAAGCAGGUUUAGUUUAGUGAUAACACUAUUGCCCAAAGUAGAAAUUAGAGGUUCCUUAUUUUAUGUUUCAGAGUUGUUCUUCUUGCUGGGAUAUUUCAUUAAUACAUUUUGUAUUCAAAUUUUAAGAAAUUAGAAUUUCUUUUUUUGUUCAGUCUAUACUGAAUUGUUUUCUUCCUUUGAUCUUUAAACCAAAUAAGAAAAACUGCGCAAUUAGGUCACAGCUUCAUAACCUUUUCUCAAUGUCUUCUAGUAACAUUGAAAACUAAAAAUGGAAGUCUCAUCAUUCUGACCUGAGAAAAAUGUCAGAAGUUUUUACUGAAGUAAAAGUUACAUAAAAACGAAAGUUUAUGGUGUGUUCAUGUUUUGCAUUAUAAAUGAUAAUUUAUCAGUUUUUAAUUAAUUUUGAAUUAUAACAUUUUGUUUAUGUUGAAUCAUACAGUAAUAUAUGCUGCAGCUACA